GUUGAUAGGGUCGGGUCCAGGAAUAGGAACAAAUAACUUGGAUUUUGCUAUCAGGCCAUCAUUCCACUCAAGAAUAUUUAACGGAUCUAUAUGGUCUGUCUGUUUGAUACGGUGUUUUCUGAUUCUUUGUCUUCACCUUGACAGGUUUCAGUAAGGUUUUCUUAAGUUUCUGUUUUUUAUAUUCUUGGCUCUGAUUAAAUAAAUAGUGGCUGUAAAGGUUAUUCUUCCUCUAUUUUUUUUUUUUUCAAGGCAGGGUUUCUCUGUGUAACUCUGGCUGUCCUGGAACUCGCUCUAUAGACCAGGCUGGCUUCGAACAAGGAGAUCCACCUGCCUUUGCCUCCUUAGUGCUGGGAUUAAAGGCGUGCGCCACCACUGCCUAGCUAAGCUUAUUAUUCGUAAUGUGCUGUGAACCGUGACACCGGUAUGAUUUUGCAAAUACUAAAAGGAUGAGAAAGUAGCUCACAGAUUUCCCCAAAGGAAAAGCUAGGGGAAGCUAUUUAAGGAAAAAGACUCCAGGCCACCGUGAGAAGUUGUGAGUGCUUUUUCCCAUAGCAUUUGCUGCAGGGGAUGAACUGUCGCUGAGUACCUUUGAGGAAAGCAGAGUAUUUCUGUGAGUACGGUCUACAUCCUGCCUCGGCUGCCUUUCCUUGAAGGAUUGUAACAGGAUGUCUGCACAGUCGGUGGAAGAAGAUUCAAUACUUAUAAUCCCAAAUCCAGAUGAAGAAGAGAAAAUCCUGCGAGUGAAACUAGAGGACCCUGAUGGUGAGGAGGGAUCGAGCGUUUCCUGGAAUCAUCUCCCUGACCCAGAGGUUUUCCGACAGCGGUUCAGGCAGUUUGGAUACCAGGACUCACCAGGUCCCCGAGAGGCUGUGAGCCAGCUCCGAAAACUUUGCCGCCUGUGGCUCAGACCAGAGACACACACUAAGGAACAGAUACUGGAGCUGGUAGUGUUAGAGCAGUUUGUUGCCAUCCUACCUAAGGAGCUGCAGACUUGGGUUCGAGAACAUCACCCAGAGAAUGGAGAGGAGGCAGUGACCGUUCUAGAGGACUUGGAGAGUGAACUUGAUGAUCCUGGACAGCCGGUUUCUCUCCGCCGGCGGAAACGGGAAGUGCUUGUAGAAGAGAUGUCUCAAGAAGACGCUCAGGGAUUACCAAGUUCCGAGCUUGAUGCUGUGGAGAACCAGCUCAAGUGGGCAUCCUGGGAACUCAGCUCUCUGAGGCACUGUGAUGAUGAUGUCAGGACAGAAAAUGGAGCGCUGGCUCCAAAGCAGGAGAUUGCUUCCGCUGUGGGAUCUCAGGAAGUUCCUGGCACUCUUAAUAUAGGUGUUCCUCAGAUUUUUAAAUAUGGAGAAACCUGUUUACCCAAGGGCAGAUUUGAAAGAAAGAGAAAUCCCUCUCGAAAGAAACAGCACAUAUGUGACGAAUGUGGAAAACACUUCAGCCAGGGCUCAGCCCUUAUUCUUCACCAGAGAAUCCACAGUGGGGAGAAGCCUUACGGAUGUGUCGAGUGCGGAAAAGCCUUCAGCAGAAGCUCCAUCCUUGUGCAGCACCAGCGAGUCCACACUGGGGAGAAACCUUACAAGUGUCUUGAGUGUGGGAAAGCCUUCAGCCAGAAUUCUGGGCUCAUUAAUCAUCAGCGAAUCCACACUGGGGAGAAACCUUAUGAAUGUGUUCAGUGUGGAAAGUCCUAUAGUCAGAGCUCAAACCUUUUUAGACAUCAGAGACGACACAAUGCAGAAAAACUUUUGAAUGUUGUGAAAGUUUAAGAAAUUAGGGGGAAACAAUGAGCACUCAGGUCUUUUUCUUCAGAAAUGAAGACAAUUAAAAACAUGAAGUGAUAGAGAAAAGUUUUUUUCCCUGUUGACUGAGAAAAUCCACUGGGAGAUACAAAAAAAAAAUCUUCAUCAUUAUUAUCUCGAAAGAAAUGCUGUUAGGCCUAAAAACUGAAAUUUUAAAUAAUUCAGGUAUUAAUACCUAAAAUUUCCAUGUGAUAUUUAUAUUCUCUUUUCUCCCAAGUAAUGAGCUACCUAAUUCUUUGUCCCUUUCUUAACAAUUUCCUUUUUCAGACAAAGAGUUUAUUUCUGUGUUGGUCAUUGGAAUGUUGUUUUAUAAGAAUACAUACCUUUCUAUUUUAAAAGGCAAUGUAAGAAUUGUAAAAUCUAAAAGCCCAUCAUUGAAAAACAUCUUUGAACAUUUAGUUUCCUUUUGUUCAGUUUGAGUAUAUUUGGGGAAACUAGAAGAUAAAGGCUAGUCAAAGCCUCAAUGUUAAAUGCGCCUUAAGAUCUCAGAUGAGUGAUGGUGGCAGAAUUUUAAAGAGUGAGGGAAAACUGGACAAGUUACACACUGAAGUGUUUCAGUUACAUACAGGCAUCUUUCCUUAGGAAAACUUCAACAACAACAACAAAAAACAACAAAAAAACUGAUUUUAUCUAAGUUGUGGGCAUCUUACUAAUGAAGAGAGUUUCCUAUGUAAAAAUAGCACUUGUAAAGUGAAGAUAAAUAUUACACUAAGGAAGAAUGCUGGUGUUGAAAGGCAGAUGUAAAAUUAGGCACUUAGAUGAUGUGGCUUUUAGAAAAUCUCCAGUCUAACUCAUUUUGCUCUCAUCCUAGUUAAGGGUAUAGAAAACUCCUUGAGGGGAGGGCAACAAUAUCAGGUUUGCUCUUCUUAUUCCUUUGGUACAAAAGGGUUGAACACCAGGCUAAAACAGCCAUGCAUUUGUUACUGAACAUUUUACCGACAAUGCACUGUGCUAGGUACUGUGAUCCUACUGUCAGCAGGUAGGUAUUUGUUCCACUGUAAGUCACAGGGGUUUCCCCGUCAGCAUUCCCAGGUCACUCUGAGAUUCCCAGAGUUUAGUUCUCUUAGCAGUGUGUUGUGUUUGGAGGGAGGUCAGCUCAGAAAGCUAGCUAGUCAGCUCUUCGCACUUUUCAGAGGUGAGCUCAAGAUACCCUCUAUUAGUUUAAACAGUUUUGAAUCUUAAAAAUCCAAAUGUAAUUUCUAGUAGUAUUGUAGUUAUAACUACACGUUAAGUUGAAUGGACCUUUAAAAAUAAAUAACUAGGCUAUGAAUAACUAGUUUUAUUAACUGGCAGAAUUGAUUGAAUUUUUUAAUUUACAGUCUUAACACAUUUUUUAAAAAAAACAUUAAGUGUAACACAUUUUAGUAGUAGGAUUCUGUAUACCUGGCUAAGAAUCCAGGUACUGUGGCUCUACUGUUUAGUGGCAAACUCUGGAAGUUAAAGCAUCGAGGAUAAGAAAAUGUGGGGUUUUUUGUUUGUUUGUUUGUUUUUAUGUAAGACAGGCGUCAUUACAUGGAAAAUGAUCCACAGGAGGACAAAUAUUUCCAACAAUUUGGGUUAUAUCUGGUACUUGGUUGAAUUUUAAACUGAAAAGUGAGAUUUUUGCGUGAGUUAUUGAAAACAGUUCUAAAUGCAGUGCAGCUGGUGAAUGAGGCAGAAUGAAGCUUGUUCAUAGAUUUCGGAUAACAAUUCUGAAAAACGUGCUUUAUAGAUUAAGAUUUAUUGAAGUAUAAAUAUGUAGUAAUGCUAUAAUGUAUUUUUAAGUUAUACAAGAAAGGUAGGGACUUGUGUUUGGGUCUUUUCUCUGUGGCUGAGAGGAAACACUUUAAUGUCCAAUAAAGCUGUAAACACCUCUGCUCUAA